CAAACGACUCUUUACAACAUCUACUUCACUUGUUGGCCAAAACACUGCAGCCAUCUUGCACCGCGCAUCAAGAGUGAGUAAACUCCGAAAUUAGGGUCGUUGGCUUGUUGUAAACCACGUUAUUAUUCCACCAAUAGUUACGCGGUACAAUUCUGAAACGAAAUCGCCAUUGUGUUUGCGUAAACACAUCGGCGACAGUGUAAUAUUUGAUGAAGACAGUUCGUCUCCGAUACGAUGUUGUUCCGUCUCAUGCAUCCCCUGGAAUGACAGCUGAAGCCAUUGGUACCGCCUUUUAGAAUGUCCAACAGCCAAUCAGCGCUCGCAGAAAUCCCUGCUCGAAGCCGUUUAGUCGUUCUGCGCAUGCGCACGUCAUUCGGUAAGUCCCUUACUUCUCACAAGCUCGCAGGAGUGUGAAGAUGGCGGUCGUGUCCGGUCCGCUGGAUGAGCCUUUUUUACACACAGAGGUGAAUAAAGCGGUAGUUUGUCACCCGGUGAAGUCUGUAGAGUCACAUCUGCCGUUCUUGUGUCACAACAACCACUGGUGUAGGCAGGAGGCAGCCGGUAAUUACACGGCUAUAGUUCCCGGACAAGGGGGUAACGCGAGCUAAUGUCCAGCUGGGACUUGGUCAAGACGACUGCCGAAGCAGGUACGCUGUAACUACUAAUGUUGUUUUCCUCUUUGUCUCCUCCGAGUAUACACGAAAAGCAAGCGCCGGAGCUGACUGAGAAAAACAGUGUCAGAGUCUUGCCCCAUCACGUUCAGGAGUGUUUGCUCUCCUUCUGAACAAGUUGCAGUGCAGGGGGUCUCGUCAUAACCAGGUCCCCCAUGCUCCAACCAUGGAUGCGUCCACGGACUCCACCACGGGACACGACCCUGACAAAACACUUGUUGUUAGCGGCGCUGUAACUCCUCUGCCUAAUCACCAGGGGAAAGUAGGCUCGUACUCAGCGCAGACUUUUAAUGGGAGCCAAAUGAUGAACUCUCACAAUUCAGGAAGUGCUGGCUCUGUCGUGGGGGCGACAGUGACAAGUGGCCCUGGUAACAGCGGCAGUACUGUGAUCUCUGUCAACAGUGGACCAGUGGUGUCGAAAGGGCUGGCCGGUGCCAUCGUGCACCCCUCGUCCAACAGUGUCAUUCAGACGCAGAGUGUCGUCUCCUCGGCUCAGCCGGUGAGCCAGGCAGCAGCACCCACCGUGACACUCGCCAGGCCGCCUGUGCAAACCGCGGGGUCGGGUGCAACUUUGAAUGGGAACAAUAUUGUGAGCCAUGCCGUGGCUGCCAAUACAACAGGUCACACGGGUUUCGGCAUGCAGACCCAGCUUGUAAACAAUAGCCAGCCGUCAAACUCUGGGUCGCACAUAAUCAAGGCAGAGCCACCCACAACAAUAAUACAGUCAGCCCCGCUGCCGGCUGUCACUCCUGGUGCCGUCGGCGGCCCCCGGGUUCAGUCGACGACGGUAGCAAGCGGUCCCGGCGGGAUCAGAGCCCCGACGCCUCAGAUGUUGGCCCCAAGGCUACUACCCCAGACCUCCCCGGGACAGCCCAGUAUAGGCCUGCAUAACAUCCAGCUCCCCCCGGGGAUGGUGCUUGUGCGCAGCGAGAGCGGACAGCUGCUGAUGAUUCCUCAGCAGGCUCUGGCCCAGAUGCAGGCCCAGGCACAGGGGAACAUGGCACCUCGGACCACAACACCAACUAGCGUACCUCCUGGCCAGGCUCCUGGAAACACCAUCAUCAGCAGACAAGUAGCCCCCAGCACAAUCCGUCAAGGCGGUCCUGCCCCAACGUCACUCGCUGCGACCACCACUCUUCACAGACCUCCCAUCCUUCAGAGCUCAGUUGGGGCUGCAGUACUAGGAAUUACCCCCAGGACCGUCGGCCAAACAGCUGGGACCACAGUUGCCUCAGUAACAAUGAGCAAAGAGACAAUGGAGAAUGUGAAGAAAUGUAAGAACUUCCUGUCUACCUUGAUCAAGUUGGCCUCCACUGGGAAGCAAUCUUCAGAGACUGCAGCCAGUGUGAGAGAGCUGGUCAAGGACCUGCUGGAGGGCAGACUGGAAGCUGAGGAAUUCACCAGCAGAUUGUACAAAGAGCUCAACUCUUCUCCCCAACCUUACCUUGUGCCUUUCCUCAAGAGAAGCCUCCCAGCCCUGAGGCAGCUCACCCCGGACUCAGCAGCCUUCAUCCAGCAGAGUCAGCUUCCCCAGCCAGCCUCAGGUCGAGUCCCCUCCACCUCACCCAUCCCCACCACUGUGGUCCUGGGCAGCCCAGCGCCCCGCCUCACUGCACCAGUCAGCGGGCCUCAGCUCCAGCCUGGCAUAAGCAAACCAGGACUGAGCCCCUCACUGGUUAUACAGCCCCAACAACAGAGAGCAAUGUUGAAACCUCAGGUAACCUUACCCACAACCCCCAUGGUGACUCUCAGGAAUCAGGCCCCUGGCCGCAUCAUGCUGGGACAGCAACAGGUCCAGCUGAAAGGGCUGCAGCCAGUUCCUGUGAGGCCGGAGGUGACACCUUUUUCUAAACAAGUCUCUGCUGCGUCCUUGAGCAUGGCUCAAAAGAACAAGCUGAGAGAGGCGGGUGGCACUUUCAAAGAUGAGGACGACAUCAACGAUGUGGCCUCCAUGGCUGGAGUGAACCUAUCUGAGGAAAGCGCCAAUAUCCUCGCAACCAAUUCUAGACUAGUGGGAGCGGUGACACAUUCCUGUAAGGAUGAGGCUUUCCUCUCCUGUGGCAUUUUACAGAGGAAAAUGCAGGAGAUAGGUAGGAGGUAUGGUGUGACAGACCUGGGUGCGGAGGUAGUGAACUUUGUCUCCCACGCUACUCAGCAGCGGCUCCAGAACGUGUUGGGAAAAGUUUCCCAAGUGGCUCAGCAGAAAAAUUACAACUUUAAGGAGGAUGACAAUUACGAGCAGAGCAGUGAUGUUCGUGUUCAGCUCAAGUUCUUUGAGCAGUUGGACCAGCUAGAAAAACAACGGAAGGAGGAACAGGAGAGAGAGAUCCUACUAAAGGCAGCUAAGUCUCGAGCUCGGCAGGAGGACCCAGAGCAGCUGCGUCUGAAACAGAAGGCAAAAGAGAUGCAGCAGCAGGAGCUGGCUCAGAUGAGACAGAAGGAGGCCAACCUAACAGCUUUGGCAGCCAUCGGUCCCAGGAAGAAGAGGAAGAUUCUGGACUCUCCAUCCUCCUCCGCUGCAGCCGAGGGAUCAGGAUCGGGUCCCUCUCUGUCCGGUGGGGCUGGUUCGUCGGGCUCCAGACCCACACGGCAGCGCAUCACGCGUGUCAAUCUCAGGGACCUGCUCUUCUGUUUGGAGAACGAGAGAUCCACCAGUCACUCCCAUUUCCUCUACAAGGGCUUUCUCAAAUAGGCUUGAUGUCAGAGGGGAGGGGAGAGGAGGGGAAAUGUGUGUGGAGAGACCAACCGCUCCCACCACAGAGACACGAAAGAGACUUUUCUAAAUGAAGAGGAGGAGAGCAGCGUCUCGGCACAUUUCAAGGCUUUUCAGAUAAACCUGAUAACCUGAAGUACAGCAGUAACCAUAUUGGAUGGCCUCGCUACCUCUCUCCUCGAAAAAUGCCUCUUGAGCUUCAGAGCACUCAUGGACUAAUGCUACUUUCACCCUGUACAACUUUACAAAAAGUGCAGAAAUGGAUUAUGUGUGUUAUGAGGAAGGGUUUAUGUUUGAACAAAUGACCUAUUGUACAAUUAUGCACUGUCACACAGUACAGUUUAUUUUCAGAUUAUUUGUUUGUUAGAUUUAUAAGCAAUGGAAAUCAUUUUUUUUCCAAAUCAAAUUUGAUUUAAUAGACCAUAAACUAAUCUUAUUUAAUAAUGAUUUUAUUUUUGAUUUGUUAACUGAAUUAGUUUGAACUCCAAACUGUGUAACCUACUGAGUUGCCUUCCUAACUAUGAAUAAGCCAUAUAGCCACCCGGAAGCAAUUAACCCUGCUGUAACUCAUGAAGCAGUAGUUCGCUCCGUAUCUCUCAUCUCCAUCACUAUAUCUUAUUUGUUCAGCGUAUUUAUUUGCUAAACUCAAGCUUAAAUUAAUGUUUAGUUAUUUAUUUUAAUUUCCCAGGACGCGUCAGUUGUUUCAUGUAGCUUAAAUUCAAAAACAAAAUGAAUUUACUUGCGUAGGAUAUGUUUAAAAAUCAGUUUUGAUAUGUUGUUGGGUGUGUAGAUUUCAGUGUGUGAAGAGGGGUUUGUUCUUUGGUUUGUUUUUUUAAAUCAUUUAAAUUGUUGUUUUUAAAUUAGUUUAACAUGUAUUGAUUUCUUAAACUUAAUAGGUUUCACAAAGCUUUUAACCCGUAUUGCUAUACCAAACAUACAUCUACCUGAAAGUGAUUUCUAUUUUUGUAGUUGCCCACCAACACACAUUUUUACUUUUUCAAUUGUGACUGACCGUGUCCUCCGACUCAAGAAGGUGGAGUUUCUUCUUGUAUAUUUGUAAAUGUUACACCUAAAGUUUACAAAUGGUUUUGUAUAGAAUUGAGAAUUUACCCACCCAGCAGAAAAAAAACACAUUUUCUCUAUUAAAUAGUUUGAAUAAAUAAUGA